CUUUGAACGCACCACCGGAAGCAGCUCCUGCAGACUGCUGUGGUUUGCUGCCCCCCUGAGCUGAACCUCCAAGGCAAACUAGAGCAAGGCAGCCACCUCUAAACAGCACAGGGAGGACGGUAGCUAGUUAGCAUUAACAACCAGUCUUUACAUAGGGAUAGCUAGCGUAUGGCAUGGCUAAAGUCCCCGUGGUGACUGGCUGACUAGCUGUAGAUAACAACAUCUGGGAGAAACCUUAAACCCAUCUCUCUCUCCCAGUAGCUCGUCCUCCCUCUAAUCUCGUCCAAGAUGUCAGCUUUCUCUGAGGCGGCUCUAGAGAAGAAACUAUCCGAGCUCAGUAACUCACAGCAAAGUGUGCAGACGUUGUCUCUGUGGCUCAUUCAUCAUAGAAAACACUCGAGGACCAUCGUCAACGUCUGGAUCAACGAACUGAAGAAAGCUCAGGUAUCACGCAAGCUGACCUUCCUUUACCUGGCCAAUGACGUCAUCCAGAACAGCAAGAAGAAAGGACCAGAAUUCACUCAGGACUUUGCACCGGUCAUCGUUGAUGCAUUCAAACACGUAUACAGAGAUGGCGAGGAGGGCUGUAAGAAACAGUUGGGUCGAGUUUUGUCCAUCUGGCAGGAGAGAGCUGUGUACGAGAACAAUCUGUUGGAUCAGCUCUCACAAGUCCUUUAUGGAGAGAAGAAGGCUAAGAAGAGGUCGUAUGAGGAGAUCCGACCAGAUGAUGAGGACUUUGCUUCCCAGAGCUCCCCAGCCGAGCCACCACAGACAGCAGAGUUAAUCCGAGCUCUGCAGGAGCUGGAAAACGCAGCCUCUGGCGACUCAGUGCUGCGUCAGCGCAUCUCCUCCCUUCCUGCCGAAGUGCAAGACACGUCACUGCUUCACAGGAUCACAGAUAAAGAAUCAGGGGAGCGGCUUUCCCGGCUGGUGGAGGAGGCCUGCAUGUUGCUAGCAGACUACAGCGGCCGCUUGGCGGCGGAGAUCGACGAUCGGAGGCAGCUCACGCGCACACUAACGGUCUUCCUGCAAAGCCAGAAGGACGGUCUGAGCCAGAAUGAGCAGAAACUAGAAGAAUACAAACGUAAACUGGGGAGGGUGACCCAGGUCCGGAAGGAGCUGCGUUCGCGUCUGAACAAUCUUCCAGGAGGACUCUACAACUGACUCAAGUUUCACCUCCUGACCCUCCUGCUACUGAAACAUCUCAACCUGUCUCUUAGAUAUCAUGAUCAUUGCCAUAGUCCUCCGUUCUUGAUUUUGAAGUGUCUGUGUCCCCCCUGUGUGGUGUGACCUGUCGUCCUCAUUCUGUCUUUAACAGAUUAUUUAUCCACAUGGCUUUUUAUUAACAGACUGUCUUCUUUUUCUGUCUGUGAGCUCAUCUCUUUGUGCUGUAUGUUAUCAGUACUUCAGACACAGGCCCCUCAUGCUUUGGCCCCUACAGCUUUAAAGUGGCAUGGGUGAUGCUGGUGUGAUAUUUUUGUAUUUAUAGUGACUUAAGAUAAUGCACCAGAGAAAAAUCCCCCUUGUGUGAUCAUACAUAAUAAUUUCCAGUGUUUUGGAUUGCUGUCAUAACUUUCUUUUACUAGCCUAUAUCUGUAAAUGCAUCUGUCUAACUCUUGGUUAUAGAUCAUUGUUUUUAUGCAGUGUGAUAAUCGCACUCUGAAGCGAGAACGGUACACUUGUGAAGUCAUUAGGAAAACAUAUUGUGAAGCUGAGCAGUAAGCCAUGUCCGUGAAAAGCAAACCAAAAUGUGUACUUAUCAUUAACGUAAAGCCUCUUUGUGAGAGGGGUGUGUAUAAGUCAAGGGUCAGUGUACAUAUUCAAAUUUGCAUGUAAAUAUGUUGGAAGUUACACCUGUAAGUGCUUAUGAUUUGUAUCCAUGUCAACAUGGCUUGUCAAAAUGGUCAUUCAGACAAAUUACUGAUGUGUGUACAUCUCCAUAGUUGCUCAGACCUCCACUGUACUGAAUAAUGAGUGAAGGAGUCUGUUGUCUUGUUUACUGUAUCACACUGCUUCAUACUGAAUGCUGUGCAGAUGCCUCACACAGCUUGAUAGGUGCCCUGGUUUCCAAAAGCCAGACUGUUUGUUUUUGUACAUAUGAAAGCAAAAUCCUUCUUAGAACCAAAUAAACAGAAAAUGUACAAAUC